UGUUCAAAAUGAGCUUCUUACCUACCCACCCCCCCCAUAUGCCCCUAUUUACCCAAUUCUUCAUGGUAUCUUCUUCCUCCUCUACGUUUUAGACCUCCCAGCCGCUGCCAAACCCCACGCCUAACCGCUGCAUCCAAAUACUUGCAGUGCCAGUUGCCUAACAUUGCCGAUGCACCCAAUCACCCCUGCGCAAACCUAAACCCAAACCCAAACCCCACCGUUCUUCACCUGCGCCAAAACCUCUGUCUCCUCUGUCACCUCUCGCGACCAGAAAACCAUCGCGAUCCUGCCUCCUCUGAAUCCCUCUGGACCUAAACCCUCCUCUGCCUCCUCUAGCGACCAUAACUUAUCGAAACUCAACCUCUCGCCUGUACCGACUCGACCAAAUAAUCCGACCAAAACCCAUCGCACCUUCCUCUACAACCCUUCUUGAUCAAAACCCAUGGCAACCCAUCCUCUCCUGAACCCUCCUCUGCCUCCUCUCGUGACCGGAACCCAUCGAAACUCAGCCUCUCUGCAACCUCUCGCAUGUACCGACUUGACCAAAUAAUCGUAAACCCAACCCCACUAAUAAACCAUCUAGACCCAACCUUGAAUCAACUAGCCUAACUAGACCUCACCCAACCCAAUUCCCACAUGCGCUAGUCUAUUCCCCACCCUACGACCACAAAAAAUUAAAAAAUAAAAAUAAAAGGCUCUCUUUGUAAUGAGGGCAAUUUUGCCUCUCCUUGAUUCUCUCCCGCAGUGGUGAGUAUUUUCCCACUGGGAGCCUUUGUCUUGGAGUUGUUUAUGCUUGCUUUGCUCUGGAUUGGUCAUCCUCUCUUGUGAUUGCUUGUUGAAUCUGCACCCAUGACGUUUGAAGAUUCUGGUAUAUCAAUUACUUAGGAGGUAGGGGUUGUUCCUCUGGUCAUGAUUACCCUCUCUUCCCAACUAGUACCAUUAAGUUGGAUGAGGGUAACUAUCUGAUCUGGUCUUGGUCUUACUAUCUGUCAAUUGCUGGUCGUGGUUAUGCCAGGUUUCUUACAGGAACUUCUGAACAUCCUACUAUUGUAAAUUCUGCUCAGGAUAAAUGGGACGCUAACAAUUGGAUGGCAAUGUCGUAUCUUAUUAAUUCUAUGUCACCUUCUAUUGCUUGGACAUAUUUAUUACUUAAUUCUGCUGCUAAGAUUUAGAAGGCCAUUAAGGCUCCUAUCCCCACGUGGGUAAGCGUAGCCAGUGUUUUGAAUUACGGAAGAAGGUCCAUCGAGCUACUCAGAAGGAGCUUUUUGUAGCUCAAUUUUACUAUGAUUUGCAGGGUAAGGGGAAUGAGAUUGAUUAUUAUGAGGCUUAUCAACUUGUUUGUGAGACUGAUGUUGGGUUUAAGAAGCGUGAGGAGGAGCUCCAUAUUUAUGUUUUUCUGGCAGGUCUCAAUAUGGAAUAGAAUUAGAUUAGGGCUCAUGCGCUUAAUCAUGAUCCAUCACCCACCCUUGAGGAAGACUAUUCCGUUAUUCAGGAUGAGGAACAACGUCGAUCUAAAGUGAUACAACCUCUUUCUCAGGAUCGAUCCGCUUUGGACUCUGCUACUAGUAUAGUUUCCUGAACUACUACCUCAAACUCUCACAAAAAAUCAGUUGUCAAAUGUGACUGUUGUGGCAAGGAGCAUUACACUAGGGAAACUUGUUGGAAGCUCCAUGGACAUCCUGUCAACUCUUAUGGGCAUAAUCAGGGUUGUGGGAAGAACACCCAGGCGAAUCAGUAGAAAACUACAGUUGACUCUGAUAGAUCCACUAUUGUAGGUGCCUCUUUCUCUACUGAUGAAAUGGCUAUGUUUUGUCACAUGUUAACUUAACUCAAAUGGGAUCCUCUACUGCUGCUGUUGCCUACUCUAUACAGACAAUCACUGCUUCCCACUCUACCUACUCAAGUACCAUUUUUUGGGGCCAUAAUGCAUCUGAAGCCUCCUCGUUCUGGAUAAUUGACUCCAGGGCUACUAAUCACAUGACCGAUUUACACACCUUUUUUUCUACCUAUUGUCCCUCUUUAUGUAAUACCAAAGUUCUUGUUGCUGAUGGUUCCUUUCCCUCCCUUUCCCUUAUUGCUGGACCAGGUUCCAUUCAAUGCUCUUCUUUGUUGUCAUUGUCUUCUGUGCUACACGUUCCUAAGUUUACUAGUAAUUUACUUUUCAUUGGUAGUAUUACUAAAUAUUUGAACUGUAAAGUCACUUUCUUUCCUACUCACAGUGUGUUUCAGGACUUGGUGAUAGGGGCAAUGAUUGGCAAUGGUGGAAUGAGUGGUGAUCUCUAUUACCUGGACACUGGUCCCUCAUGGGCUCUACAAACUUCGUAUGAUUUGGCACUCUCAGAACUUUUGGGUUCGCAUCGUCGUCUGGGUCACACCCAUGGGGCAUUUUAUCUAAAUUAUUUCCAGUAUUAAUUAAACAUUAUACUAUGGACCAGUGUACUUGUAAUGUGUGUGUUUUGGCAAAACAAGCGCGGACUGUCUAUCCUCUUUCUGAUAAUAAAAGUACUGUGCCUUUUGCUUUAAUUCAUUCCCAUGUUUGGGGCCCUGCCCACCAUAUCUCCGUUUUUGGCUAUAGAUGGUUUGUUACUUUUAUUGAUUGUCGUACUCAUUCUACUUGGAUUUAUUUAUUGCAUCAUAAGAGUGAGGUUUUUCAGUGUUUCGGGAAUUUUAUUGCAUAGUUAAGACACAGUUUGAUGCUAAAAUCAAGAUUCUGCGAACUGAUAAUGGAAAGGAAUAUAUGGAAGGUUCCUUCCAAUCUUACUUGGUUGAUCAUGGGAUCAUCCAUCAGACUAGUUAUGUGGUUACUCCAUAACAUAAUGGUGUGGCUGAAUGCAAGAAUAGUCAUCUACUUGAGGUUGCUCGCUCCUUGAUGUUUGAGAUAUAGGUCCUUGCCCCCUAUUGGAGUGAGGUUGUUCUCACUGCUGUCUAUCUCAUGAAUGGGAUGCCUUCACGGAUACUUGGUUUUAAGAGUCCCAUUGAGUUGUUAUCUGGGUCUCAUACUUUUGUUGUUCCUCCAAAUGUCUUUGGUUGUGUUUGCUUUGUUCGUAAUCAUCAGUUUCUUGGCAAGAUUGAUCAUUGUGGACUCUGGUAUAUUUUUGUGGGCUAUUCUCCCACUCAGAAGGGAUAUCGGUGCUAUCGUCCACCUUCUCGAUGACUCUUUGUUUCAGUGGAUGUGAUCUUUCGUGAGACUGAGGCUUACUUUCCACCUCUUCAGGGGUAGUCCUCUGGUGGUGAAGAGAUGAUUUAGAUUCCUACUUUUGAUUGGCCUUUAUAUCUUACCAUAGAAAAUGGUGCUACUUAGAGGAAUAUUGGAAUGAAGACUAUAGGUUCAGAGGUUCCUAUUGGUCCAGCAAAUAUUGUUCAAGGGGAGCCAUCAAUUCAGGAGCAGGAGGCUCCCAUUCAAGGGGAGUCACAGAUUCAGCAGAAAACAUAGGAUGGUCCAGUGAUACAGGUAUUCUCUCUAAAAAAAAGGAGAACUGAAACAAACACUCAUAGUACCACUGCUACUCCAUUGCUUCCCGAUACCAAGUCUUCCCUUCUAGGAAUAACCUUUCCCCUCACUUUUGAUUAGUCUCUUGAUGUGUCUAUUACUCAUAGAAAACGUAAUUGUAAUUGUACUUGUACUCGGCAUCCUAUUUCUAACGUGGUAUUAUAUAAUUCUCUCUACCCAUCACAUCGUGCAUUUGUGUAUUCCUUGUCCUCUGAUUCUAUUCUAAAAUUUUGCAGGAGGAAAAUGCAAGACCUAAGUGGAAGGAGGCAAUAAAUGAGGAGAUGCGAGCUCUUCAUAAGAAUAACAAAUGGGAUCUAGUUGUUCUUCCCCUGCAAAAGCAACCAAUUGGCUACAAAUGGGUGUUCACGGUCAAGAAUAGUGCUAAUAGGACUGUAGAUAGAUACAAGGCAAGAUUAGGAGGUGUAGUGCUUUACUCAGACUUAUGGGAUUGACUACCAGGAGACCUUUGCACCUGUAGCAAAAAUGAAUACAAUUCUAGUUAUCAUCUCUUGUGCAGUGAACUAAGGAUGGGUGCUAAAGCAACUGGAUGUCAAGAAUGAUUUUCUUCAUGGAGAGCUGACUGAACUAGAGUAUAUGGACAUUCCACCUGAAUACUCUAGUUCAGAAACACAAGGCAAAGUGUUUAGAUUGAAGAGAGCUUUGUAUGGACAGAAGCAAUCUCCCAGGGCAUUGUUUGGUUGUUUUCACAAGGCUAUGAUAGUUGUUGGCUUUACUCAAAGUAAUGUUGAUCAUACAUUAUUUAUUAAAACUUGGGUGAUCAAAUUACUGUGUUGAUAGUAUAUGUGGAUGAUAUUAUUGUUACUGGUAAGUGGUAACGAUAAAGAUGAAAUCUCUAAGCUCAAGGCCUAUCUUGGUAAGGAGUUUGAGAUCAAGGACCUAGAAAGACUGAAAAAGUUUCUUGGCAUUGAGGUGGCACAUUCAACCAAGGGUAUUGUUCUCUCCCAGAGAAAGUAUACAUUGGACCUCCUAUCAGAGACUGGUAUGUUAAGGUGUAAACCCUUGGAUACUCCUAUUGAGGCUCUCUCAUCUCAGAAGUAAGGAAGGUGAACCUGUUGAUAAAGGUUGGUAUCAAAGACUGGUUGGAAGACUCAUUUAUCUAUCUCAUACGAAACCAAACAUAACUCAUGCAGUAAGUUUGGUGAGUCAGUACAUGCAUGAUCCCUAUUCCUCACAUAUGGUUGUUGUGAACCGAAUUCUUAGGUACUUGAAGACUGCACCAGGAAACGGCAUUUUAUUCUCUACAAAUCCCAUGAGGAUUGAGACAUACACUGAUGUUGAUUGGAGUAAAGAUCAGUUAGCAGAUAUUCACACCAACUUGAGGGGGAGUGUUGAGUUAUGCGUUAUUUCCCACUUAGACUACUGUAAGGAUUAGGACUUAGACUACUAUGAGGAUUAAGACUACUAUUUUUGCUAUCAAUAAAAGAGGACUGUGCCCACUAAGGCACAAAUCAGAAUUUACCCAAUUCUUCAUUAUUUAUUGAUUUGCUUGGUUGUAUACAUAAGGUCAUAUUAGCUGUAAAUAAUCUUUCCUGAUUAGAAUUCCUUAAUUCUUUCUUGCAGAUAAGAUUGCCUUGUUGGCUUUACUUAUUCAUUUGAUUUGUCCUUGAUUCUUUCCUGUGGAUAAGAUUGCCUUGUUUGCUUCCUUAUUUUCUUUCCUUUGAUUUGUUUAAGUAUAUCUCAAUCUAAUAAGAUGUUUAUCCUUCUACAAACAAUUUAAUUAUCUUUUUAACGUACUUCUGUCCUCUCUCUUUCCAAAUAUAACCCCGAUCUAGAUCUCUGUAGAUUCAGUUAUAAAUACAACAUAAAACCCAGUAAUUUUUAUUGUUGUGUUUUUUUUUCUUUCUAAUACACUACAACCAGCCAAGACAAAUGGAGAUCAAAUUCAAGCUCUCUAUUUUCUUAUUCUUCUUCCUCGUCUUAUGGGUCUUCUCUUCUGAUUUUGUAUAUGGGACUUCGGAAUGCACCAACUCUCCAACACAGCUCUCUUCCCACACUUAUCGGUUUGAGCUAUUGUCAUCUAAUAAUGAAACUUGGAGGAAAGAGAUGUUCAAGGAUUAUUAUCCAAUCACAGCAAAUGACUCUGCAUGGAUAGCCAACUUUAAUUCUCAGAAGAGUUUGAACAAAAUAAAGAAGCAAUCUGAUAAGUAUACUAAGCAUCAAGACCCAGGAAGUUUCCUCAGGGAAGUCUCACUACACGACGUGAGGUUGGACCCAAAUUCACUACAUGGACGAGCUCAGUUGACGAACUUGGAGUACUUGUUGAUGUUGGAAGUGGAUAGCUUGGUCUGGAGUUUCAGAAAGACUGCAGGUUUGCCAACUCCUGGGACUCACUAUGGAGGAUGGGAGGCCCCAACUGUUGAGCUUCGGGGUCAUUUUUUGGGGCAUUACCUGAGUGCUUCGGCACAAAUGUGGGCUAGCACUAACAAUGGCACUCUACUUCAGAAAAUGUCCGCUGUGGUUUCUGCACUUGAUGCCUGUCAGCAGAAAAUGGGGUCAGGUUACCUAUCGGCUUUCCCAUCUGAGAUGUUUGACCGCCUUGAAGCUAGAAAGAAAGUGUGGGCACCAUACUACACCAUUCACAAGAUCUUGGCAGGCCUUUUGGAUCAAUACAUGUUGGCUGGUAAUAAGCAAGCUUUAAAAAUGGUGGAGUGGAUGGUUGAGUACUUCUUCAACCGUGUUCUAAAUGUCAUAGCAAGGUAUUCUGUUGAAAGGCAUUGGCGGACACUUAAUGAAGAAACUGGCGGCAUGAAUGAUAUCCUGUAUAAGCUAUACAACAUUACUGGUGAUCAAAACCAUUUGGUAUUAGUGCAUCUUUUUGAUAAACCAUGCUUUCUAGGCUUGCUUGCAGUGAAGUCAAGAACCAUUUCUGGCUUUCAUGCUAAUACGCAUAUCCCAAUUAUCAUUGGAUCUCAAAUGCGAUAUGAAACAACUGGUGAUCCACUUUACAAGGAAAUUGGGACAUAUUUUUUAGAUGUUGUUAAUUCUUCGCACAGCUAUGCUACAGGUGGAACAUCAUUUAAUGAGUUCUGGACGGAUCCAGAACGCCUUGCAGACACUCUGAAGGCUGACAAUGAAGAAUCUUGCACUACAUACAACAUGCUAAAGGUUUCUCGCCACCUAUUUAGAUGGACCAAGGAAAUGAAAUAUGCAGAUUAUUAUGAACGUGCCCUGACGAAUGGUGUUCUAAGUAUCCAGAGAGGAACAGAGCCUGGAAUAAUGAUCUACUUCCUUCCUCUAGGCCGUGGGGGAUCCAAGGCCCGGAGUACGCAUGGAUGGGGAACAAAGUUCAACACUUUCUGGUGUUGCUAUGGGACAGGAAUCGAAUCAUUCUCAAAGUUAGGAGAUUCAAUUUACUUUGAGGAGGAGGGGAAACUUCCAGCUCUUUAUGUGAUUCAGUUUAUAUCAAGCAAUCUUGAUUGGAAAUCUGGACAGAUUGUGCUAAAUCAAACAGUAGAACCUGUUGUUUCAUGGGAUCCUUAUCUUCGACUGAAGAUGACAUUUUUUACGAAGAAGGAAGCAGGUCAAUCAUCAAUCUUGAAUUUGCGGAUUCCACUUUGGACAUAUUCAAAUGGUGCCAAGGCAGCAUUAAAUUCUCAGAAUUUGAAUUUACCUCAGCCAGGUAAUUUUCUGUCAGUCACAAGGCAAUGGCAUGGUGGAGACGAAUUGACCCUUCAACUACCCAUUGUUCUAAGGACAGAGGCCAUACAAGAUGACCGGCCUGAGUAUGCUUCUUUGCAGGCAAUCCUUUAUGGGCCUUACCUUCUUGCUGGUCUAUCUAGUGGCGAUGGAGACAUUAAAACAGGAACAGCACACUCAGUCUCAGACUGGAUAACUGCAAUCCCAAAAGGUUAUAGUUCUCAGCUGAUAUCUAUUUCCCAGGUGGUCAGCAACGCGACUUUUUUCAUCACGAACUCAAACAAUUCCAUUACAAUGGAGAAGUUGCCAGAACCAGGGACAGAUUUUGCUGUCCAUGCAACCUUCAGACUUAUCGUCUCCCAAGACAUGAAUUCCUCUCAUUUCUCUUCACUGAGAGAUGCUAUUGGAAAGUCAGUUUUGCUGGAACCAUUUGAUCUUCCUGGGAUGCUUGUGGUGCAAAAAGGACCAAAUGACAAUCUUGCCCUGGCAAGUGCAACUAAUGACAAGGGCAUGUUUACAUUUAAGGUGGUGGCAGGAUUAGAUGGGAAGAAUAACUCAGUGUCUUUGGAGUCAGAAAGCCAUCAUGGGUGUUUUGUGUAUAGUGGGCUGAACUACAAUGCAGGCACAAGUGUUAAGCUCAGCUGCAAGUCAGGGACAACAGAUGCUGGAUUCCAGAAUGCAGCAAGUUUUAACUUGAAUAGUGGGAUAAGUGAAUAUCAUCCCAUUAGCUUUGUGGCAAAAGGAGCCAAGCGGAACUUCUUACUGAUGCCAUUGCUGAGCUUGAGAGAUGAAUCUUACACUGUUUAUUUCAACAUUGGAGCUUAAAGUUGUGGUGAGAAAGUGGGUUUUCCAUUGUGAAGUUAAAACUUACGUGAUUGGUCCCAUCUGAUAAUUUUUAUUUUGUUUUUAA